AUGCUUGCUCGCCUUUCGAGAUUCAGGGCUAAUAGUAGGAGAUUUUCUGUCUCCAGAAUUGCAUUCAAAGGAAAUAAUGACAGUAACAAUAAUAAUAACAAUAACAACGACAACAAAGAUCAACUCCGAAACCUCGGAUUAGUUCUACUGAAGGGAAAGGUCGGUGAUCUGCGCAGCAAAGAGACACGAAAGGGUACCUCGCUCAACAUAGAAUCUGAAAGUACUCCUCCUUCAACCCUAGACGAACUGUCACUCGAUUUAGCUGUGAAGCAGAAUAUCGAGGAGCUCGAAGAUUCAUAUGAGACAAUCGCAUUCAUGACGAAAGAUGAUGUCAAAAUACAAGAGAACUUAGACGAGGGAGGGCAGUUUGGAUCUUUCCCAUCUCAGCAUUUCCUAGACAGGAAGGCCCUUAUAAGGAGUCUUCCGGAUGAGGUUGAUCUACUAGAUACUCCUUGGGAGGAAAUCAAGCGAGUAUACAACACUCUCGACAAGCUUGACGAAGAUAAAGCAGUUCACGCGAAAUACAUGAAACGAUUUGGCAUUGAUGAGAAGGAUCUAUUGACGAAGUUGCGUCUUGGACGAAAUCUUGACGACAUGUGCAAGGCAGGUCGUCGAGGCGAAAAGUACGAUGUUCCCAAGGGCUUGGAGAGAGUAUUCAAGAGAUUGUACCCUUACAACGUUGUUGGAUUUGACCGCUCUAUUCUUGGCGUUCCUCUUAGGACGGGACGUCACUCGUUGAAGAGUAAUGAUGACGAGAAAACGCGCCGGGAGAUCCCCGAGGAGCUUGUCAGGGACAUGGGCCCUUUCGACACCAAAGUACCAAUUCAUAAGGUUGAUGUCAAUUUUUUUGAAGAGGAUCAACUCAAGGAAAGUAUCAGCCCGUACGACCUGAAACCACUUCCCCCGGAGGAUUUGCUUAGAAGUAUAGGCAAGCCUAUGAUUUUUGACAAUAUUGAUCAUUACAACAAAAUAGAGCACCCAUCUACGGAGCUUCUUGACCGCAUAGAGCGAGAAACUCUCACACUCAAAGACUCAUUAUACUUGGAAAUUGCUAGAAAAAUGAUACCUCUGGGCGUUGAUGUGGUGAACUUGAACGCUCCCAAAUUGCGUACAAACGAAUACGUUAUUGCGCUGAAAGACCACCAUGCAACGGCAUUGUCGGGACCAACUCUCAGCUACCGAUACAAAUACUUUGAUCUCAUUCCCGUUUAUGGUAUGCUCCUCACAAACAGGAAGCAUUGCAGUUAUCUUUACAAACAUUUAUUCAAAGUCAUUCUCAUCAAUCUUGAAGAGCAUGUUGAUGCUUUGACACGCAUAAAGUACAAGCUGCCGGAGGAGUCACAAAAAUUCCUCGGCAAACUAUACAGCAGGAUACAUCGCGUUGUUUCGGAGAAGUUAAUGCCAAUGGCUGUGGAUUGCCGUCUUCGGAUACCGCUAGACUACCAGGCAGCGAUCCAUAAGCACAUUUCAUCGAUCAACUUCUCUCGAAUCUACUGGCUCAAAUCUCCUCGCAAACCACCAUUUGGCAGCCGUGACUACGUUAGCCAAGUCCGUCGGCAGGCGCGCAGGUUUAACAUCCUAAUCCUUAACCCAGCCCACCUUAAGUACUCCAAGUAG